AUGAAGGAUCGCCACGGCGCAGAGUGCAAAAUAUGUCAACGACCAUUUACAAACUUCCGUUGGAUGCCUGGCAAAGGAAUGCGUUAUAAGAAAACAGAAGUAUGCCAAACGUGUGCUAAAAUGAAGAAUGUUUGUCAAACGUGUUUAUUGGAUUUAGAAUUCGGGCUGCCUGUGCAAGUUCGUGAUCAUGCGCUACAAAUUGAUGAUGAUAUGCCGAAACAGGGUGCAAAUCGAGAUUUUUACGUGCAAAACCAGGAAAGGGAACUUGCACUAACUGACGGUACAACUCCAGGUGGAGCAAUAGCAAAGAUCACCGAUGCAGGAUCGAAUGAAUUAUUGCGGAAAUUAGCCCGCAACCAACCAUAUUAUCAACGCAAUAAACCACAUAUAUGCUCGUUUUUCGUAAAAGGUGAAUGCAAACGUGGUGAAGAAUGUCCUUAUAGACAUGAGAAGCCAUCGGAUCCAGAUGAUCCACUAAGUCAUCAAAAUAUGCGUGAUCGUUACUAUGGCAGUAAUGAUCCAGUGGCCGAUAAGUUAUUGAAUCGAGCCAAAGCAAUGCCUGUUCUUCAACCGCCCGAGGAUACUAAUAUUACAACCAUUUAUGCUGGUGAUUUGGGACCUCCUGGUACGAUCACUGAAGCUGAUCUCAGAGAUUAUUUUUAUCAGUUCGGUGAAAUUCGUAGUUUAAAUGUGCUAGCCAAUCGAGGAUGUGCAUUUAUCGCGUUCACCACACGCCAGGCUGCAGAAAGAGCGGCUGAUCAAUUGAUCGUUUCUGUUACGUUGCAUUUUGUAACGGUCGAUUAUGUUCCAGGGAGACGUUUAAAGAUUCGUUGGGGACGACCACAGUCACAAAAUCAAGAAUCUGAGGAAAAGAAGAAAGUCGAAUCGGUAGCAGGUCUACCGAAUCCAUGCCCAAUUCCGGAUGUAUUCGGUGAUGAGGCUGGACCAUCAAAAAGAUUACGAUUCGACAAUAUACCGAUGCCACCAAUGCCUCCACCUGCAUCAUUUGCACCACCUGCUAAACUGAACGUCCCAAAUGUGACAUACGAUGCGAACGAAACACGAUCUUCGUCGAUGUCACAACCAGUCGACAAGGUUUAUUAUCCAAGUCAGGAUCCACAGCGCCUUGGUGCCAGAGGGGAUCCAAUUGAGUGA